AGGAAGCUAAUAAAAAUGAUGCAGUGUGCUCAAUCCUCAUAAUGUAUUAUGUACCUGAGGAAUCCUUCUUAGGAUGGUUGCAAGCUUUUGAAUUUCCAUUUCCCUUCCUCUACGCAGAUGGUACCAGGAGGGCUUCCUCAAGCACCUUAAGGCUUGGUCUUGAGUUCGAAUCCUGGGGAGGCCACUCUGGGCGCCGCGCAGGCUCAAGCCUAGGCACCAGGGCCAAACAAACAAAUGACGUCCCAACACUUAUUUUUUUAAUAAGAGCGCUGCAAGAAAUCAAUCUGUCCCUACGGAGACUAGCUACCAGCAAAUGAGUGGAUAUAACGACAGUACUCGUUAUAUUGCCCCACCUCUUGUUUAUAUGAGUGCCAAAGAAAUGAAUAAAAGUGACAGUGAUCCGUUGCAAUUUUUCAACAUCAGUUGGGGUUUUGAUGUGUCCAAGAAUGCUAGGUACUUUCUUCGGGUUCACUUCUGCGACUUUAUUAGCAACUCUGGGUCAUUUAAUCCAUGGCUCAAUCUCUAUAUUUAUAGCUUCUUCAGUCUGAAAAUAGACAAUAUCCCCUGGCCUUUUUUCCUUGAUCUUUUAGUUGUUUCAGAUGAUUCUGGAUUUCUCAAUGUCAGUAUAGGGCCUCAGAUUGAUUCUCCAGUUAACAAUUCCUUCCUCAAUGGCCUGGAGAUUAUGGAAAUCAUGGAGGAAUUGGGUUGGGUUUCUAUGGAAAAUGAGUCUAAGAAGAAAACUACACCUCUCCUGAUUGGUUUAGUUGUAGGAGGUUUGGCUCUCGUCUGCAUUGUGAUAAUUGUGCUCUCGUUGCGAUUAAAAUGCAGGAAGGAAAAGCCUGCUGAAGCUUCACACUGGUUGCCAGUUACUGUUGAUGGGGGAUUGAGUUCCCACAGCAGGGUGUAUGAGGCAACCAUCCAUGGCUCCCCUGUUCCUCAUUUAAAUCUGGGAUUAAAAAUACCAUUUGCAGAAAUUCAGUCUGCAACAAACAACUUCAGCCGCAAGUUGCUGGUUGGUAAGGGUGGAUUUGGCAAAGUGUACCCAGGAACUCUCAGGAAUGGCAUGAAAGUGGCAGUGAAGAGAAGUCAGCCAGGACAUGGCCAAGGCCUGCCUGAAUUCCAGACUGAGAUAUUGGUGUUAUCCAAAAUUCGCCGCCACCUGGUUUCCUUGAUUCGAUAUUGUGACGAAAUGAAUGAAAUGAUCCUGGUUUAUGAAUUUAUGCAGGAAGGGACUCUAAGAAAUCAUCUGUAUGGUUCAGAUUUGCCGUGUUUAUCUUGGAAGCAAAGGCUGGAAAUUUGCAUUGGUGCAGCAAGGGGACUUCACUACCUCCACACAGGUUCAGAAGGCGGAAUCAUUCACCGUGAUAGUAAGUCCACAAACAUCUUGCUUGAUGACAACUUUGUUUCUAAAGUUGCUGAUUUUGGAUUAUCAAGAUCAGGUCUUCCUCAUCAAACCCAUGUCAGCACAGCUGUCAAAGGCACCUUUGGAUAUCUCGAUCCGGAGUACUUCAGGACCCAACAGUUGACAGACAAAUCCGAUGUUUACUCUUUUGGUGUGGUUCUUCUGGAAGUGCUAUGUGCCAGACCAGCUAUCAAUCCCUCACUUCCAAGGGAGCAAAUGAACCUAGCUGAAUGGGUGAUGGUUUGGCAGAAGAAAGGAUUACUUGAACAGGUUAUUGAUCCUUUGCUCGUGGGUAAAGUCAAUCUCAACUCACUAAGAAAAUUUGGUGAAACAGCAGAAAAAUGUUUGAAGGAAGAUGGCACGGAUAGGCCUACUAUGGGUGAUGUGAUGUGGGACUUGGAGUAUGCUUUUCAACUUCAACAAACUGCAAUGCAGAGGGAGCCAUUAGAGGACAGCACAAACGAUGCUGCUUCCACAUUUCCAUUGGCUACCAUUCAGCAUUAUCCUUCAUAUAGCUUUUCAAUUUCAGACAUCCAUGGGCCUAAAAGAAGGGUCGGCAGUUCAGAGACAACAGAAAGCGAAGUUUUCUCCCAGUUGAGGAUUGCCGAUGGCAGAUAAUUUCAGUGUCUUUGAGGCAAGGUUAUGAAUUCAUGUUUGUUCAGCUUCCAAACACUGUUGCCGGAGUGGGAUCAGUGACUUAGUUUGUCAAUUGCUUAAUAUGUUGUUUCUAAUGGGCUCAAGGGACUAGUAUAUUAGCCUGGAUAAUUUGGCAAAUUAGCUUGUGUCAAAUAAAUUUCAGUUUAUGAGAAAUUCGAUUAAUAAAUCUCUACCCCAUUAGAAACU